GCUCAAGCUGCAAACUGCGCUGCACCCAGGGACUCCCAGCGGAGAGGACUUGAGCAGGGGGGGUCUCUGCAGCAGCUGGGGAUCACUGCAUGACCCCACCAGCAUCAGGUGGUUCAGGAGAGGACAGGAAGCUGUGCAGGAUUUUCUGCAAUCCAGAUUGGAGGGGAGACUUUGCUGUCCAGGAAAAGAAAGCAGGCUGCUGCCAGGCAUCUGUCAUGGAGCUAACCCCGAAAAACACCAUCUAAGCUAGCGUGCCCCUCCAGGAGCCAAACAGCACCACACAGAUCAGCCCCCUGGAACUCGGAGGGUGAACAGGCAGCCGCCAUCCUGCAAGCUCUUGGAGAUCUGUGUCUACUGCACGCUCUCCCCCGCCCCCAACUCCCGCUUGGCAUUGGGUCCCCUCCCCCAAAUUAGGAAAUGGGGAGGUCUGAGCCAGAGGAGGGCCAGUCGCCGGCUUCGGUGAAGCCCCCAGAUGGUGGCUGGGGCUGGAUAGUGCUGCUGGGCUGCUUUGUGAUCACUGGCUUCUCCUACGCCUUUCCGAAGGCAGUGAGCGUCUACUUCAAGGAGCUCAUGCACGACUUCCACGUGGGCUACAGCGACACAGCUUGGAUCUCGUCCAUCAUGCUGGCCAUGCUGUAUGGCAUGGGGCCUGUGAGCAGCAUCAUGGUGAACCAGUUUGGGUGCCGGCCUGUGAUGCUUGUCGGUGGGCUCCUGGCAUCUUCCGGUAUGAUCCUAGCCUCCUUCACCACCAACAUUAUUGAGCUGUACCUGACGGCUGGCGUGCUGACAGGUCUAGGUAUGGCUCUGAACUUCCAGCCCUCCCUGAUCAUGCUGGGCACCUACUUUGACAAACGUAGACCUCUGGCCAAUGGGCUUGCUGCAGCUGGGAGCCCUGUUUUCCUCUCUACCCUCUCUCCGCUGGGUCAGGUCUUGCUCGAGAAGUUUGGCUGGCGAGGGGGAUUCCUCAUCAUGGGGGGUUUGCUGCUCAAUUGCUGCACCUGUGGAGCAGUCAUGAGACCUCUCGAGGCAGGCAUGAAGCGGAAGAUGGAGAGAGUUCAGGACAAAUAUGAAGCCAAGGAGAUGCUGCCCAUUGGGGAAGGGGCAGAGGAGGCCAUAAGCACCACUGAUGGAGCCAAAAAGUCAAAGAAAACCAAGAAGCAGCAGCAGCCCAGGAAAGGGAAGAAGCUAUUGGAUUUUUCUAUCUUCUCCAACCGGGGAUUUGUCAUUUACUCCAUUGCUAAGUUCAUCAUGGUCUUGGGUCUCUUUGUGCCCCCCAUAUUGCUGGUCAACUAUGCCAAAGACAUAGGAGUGCCAGACACAGAAGCUGCCUUCCUGCUGUCCAUCAUUGGCUUCAUAGACAUCUUUGCCCGCCCUUCCUGUGGGAUGCUAGCCGGGCUGAAGUGGAUGCGUCCCCAUGUUGCCUACUUAUUAAGCUUUGCUAUGCUCUUCAAUGGCCUGACAGACAUCUGCAGUGCCAGGGCUAACACCUACACGGCACUGGUCAUCUUCUGUGUCUUCUUUGGCGUCUCCUAUGGCAUGGUGGGUGCACUGCAGUUUGAGGUGCUCAUGGCCAUUGUUGGAUCCCAGAAGUUCUCCAGUGCCAUUGGGCUGGUCCUGCUCAUUGAAGCCAUUGCUGUGCUCAUUGGGCCACCCUCAGCAGGACGCUUGGUGGAUGCAUUCAAGAACUAUGCAAUCAUCUUCUACCUAGCUGGCUCAGAGGUUGUACUCUCCUCUCUCUUCCUGGCCAUGGCCACCUACUGCUGCCUGAAUCAGAAGAAGAAGACACCCCAGCCAGAGAAGACCCCUUCGGUAGGGGGUGGCAGUGAUACCGAAGAGGCAGAGUCAGAUGUGCAGGAAGUGGAGGAUCACGCUGCUGACAACCACCACCUGUCCCACAGCACCAACACUGCUGUCGUCAUGACCAGUGAUGUGGUGAACCACGUAGCAGAGGACCAUAGUGCAGAUGGGGUUGAGCAGCCUGCGGAUGAGGGGGCAGUGCCAGUCCCAGGUGAAUGCAACUCUGGCCAGACAGUGGAGAGAGAGAGAUUUUAG